AUGGCGCCUGGAGUUGUUAUGCCAAGAUCAGGGGCCCCACCAAAUGAGUUUGAAGGGAGGGUCACAAUCUAUGUUGUGGUUUGUGGGAUUAUUGCAGCUACCGGUGGUCUCAUGUUCGGUUAUGAUAUUGGAAUCUCAGGAGGAGUGACAUCUAUGGAUGAUUUCUUGGAGAAAUUCUUCCAUAAAGUCUAUCUGAAGAAACACCAUGCAAGAGAGGACAACUAUUGCAAAUUUGACAACCAAGGACUCCAACUAUUUACUUCAUCUCUUUAUCUUGCUGCUCUUCUCACUAGUUUUCUUGCAUCCAAAACCUGCACAAGAUAUGGUAGAAAACCCACAAUGCAAGCUGCCUCCGUGUUUUUCUUGGUCGGAACUGUGCUCAAUGCCGCUGCCGUGAAUCUCUGGAUGCUCAUUAUCGGGAGACUUCUUCUUGGGGUUGGAGUUGGAUGUGCUAAUCAGGCAGUCCCAUUAUUUUUAUCCGAAAUAGCCCCUGUAAAAUUACGAGGAGCACUCAACAUCCUCUUCCAACUAAUGGUAACAAUCGGCAUCCUUGUUGCCAAUCUCGUCAACUACAAAGCCUCCACCAUCCACCCUUCGGGAUGGCGCCUCGCCCUCGGCCUCGCCGGAGUCCCUGCAGCCAUUCUUUGCAUCGGUUCCUUCAUCAUCCCUGAGACUCCGACGAGCCUCAUCGAGCGUCAAGAACUCGAUCAAGGCCUCUCCGUCCUUAAAAAGAUCAGAGGGACCGAUAACGUUAGCCUUGAGUACAAAGAAAUUUUGCAGGCUAGUGAGUUGGCAAAGGAAGUGAAGCAUCCGUUCAAGAACCUAAGGCAACCGUCGAGUCGGCCACCGUUAGUGAUUGCAGUAUUGAUGCAAAUAUUCCAGCAAUUUACCGGAAUCAACGCCAUCAUGUUUUACGCACCGGUGUUGUUUCAGACGAUCGGAUUCAAGAACGAUGCGUCCUUGUUGUCGGCGGUUAUAACGGGGACCGUUAACGUUCUGUGCACCAUUGUUUCCAUUGUUUUUGUGGAUAAAGCUGGGAGGAAAAUACUGUUAUUGUCUGCCUGCAUCCUCAUGUUAAUUGCUCAGACAACAAUUGGAGGAGUUCUACAUGCAAAUCUGAAGGCAACCAACAAUCUCAAUCAUAGUGUCGCGAUAGUGGUAGUCGUAUUUGUAUGCGUCUUUGUUGGAAGUUUUGCUUGGUCAUGGGGCCCCCUUGGUUGGUUAAUCCCUAGUGAGACCUUCCCUUUAGAAACAAGAACAGCUGGUUUUUCCUUCGCAGUGAGCUCCAACAUGCUCUUCACCUUCAUCAUAGCUCAAGCUUUCCUCUCUAUGAUGUGUCACAUGAGAGCAUCCAUCUUCUUCUUCUUCUCCGCUUGGAUCGUCGCCAUGGGACUUUUCGUGGUGUUUCUUUUGCCCGAGACGAAGAAUGUGCCUAUUGAUGAGAUGAUUGAGAGAGUUUGGAAGUUGCAUUGGUAUUGGAAGAGGUAUAUGGAUGAUGAUGAUAAAUUGGAGAAGAUUGAAAGGGGUGGUUGA